CGGUCGCCGUCAGUCGUCACGGAGUGUAGCUGGUGCUUGUCAUCUGGCCGCCAUUAUCUCAUACGGAUUCAUAAAAUCAAUUAAAGUUUACGCUGUCGUUACGCGUUUCAGUGUCGUGUGGAUUAAAUAAUUGUGAAAAUCACGGGGCUGUGAUUAUUUAUUGUGCAGUUACGUUUCGCUGAAGUAUUGCUUAGUGGUACAGUUAGGUUACUGUGUUGAGUGUUAACACUGUGUAGGGUGGCUCCGGUUAGGCCGGGGCGGCAGGACGCGUGUAGAGCGUAUGCAGAGGGAGCGGUGAGAGCGCGCCCGGCUCGGGAGUCGGGGCGGAAGGUGGUCUGGGCUAAGGAACAGCUGCCGACAUGGGUUGCACUCAGUCGGCCGAAGAGCGAGCGGCGGCUGCCCGGAGUCGACAGAUCGAAAGAAACUUGAAGGAAGAUGGAAUUCAGGCGUCCAAAGAUAUUAAGCUUUUGCUGCUAGGUGCCGGUGAAUCCGGGAAGAGUACGAUAGUUAAACAGAUGAAAAUUAUUCACGAGAGUGGCUUCACAAAUGAAGACUUCAAACAGUAUCGGCCUGUCGUGUACAGCAACACGAUCCAAUCGCUAGUCGCCAUAUUGCGUGCUAUGCCAAACUUGGGCAUCACCUAUGGAAAUAAGGACCGCGAGAGCGACGGCAAGAUGGUGUUCGAUGUGAUCCAACGGAUGGAGGACACGGAGCCGUUCAGCGAGGAGCUGCUGGCUGCCAUGAAGAGGCUCUGGUCGGACGCCGGCGUGCAGGAGUGCUUUGGACGCUCCAACGAGUACCAACUCAACGAUUCCGCUAAAUAUUUCUUGGACGAUCUGGACCGGUUAGGCGCCAGAGACUACCAACCCACCGAGCAAGACAUCCUUAGGACCAGAGUCAAAACCACCGGUAUCGUCGAAGUGCAUUUCUCCUUCAAAAACCUCAAUUUUAAAUUGUUCGACGUCGGCGGGCAACGGUCGGAGCGGAAGAAGUGGAUCCACUGCUUCGAAGAUGUGACCGCGAUCAUAUUCUGCGUCGCCAUGUCGGAGUACGACCAGGUGUUGCACGAGGAUGAAACAACGAACCGCAUGCAGGAGAGCUUGAAGCUGUUCGACUCGAUCUGCAACAACAAGUGGUUCACGGACACCAGCAUCAUCCUGUUCUUGAACAAGAAGGAUCUGUUCGAAGAGAAGAUACGCCGGUCGCCGCUCACCAUCUGCUUCCCGGAGUACACCGGUGCACAAGAGUACGGCGAGGCGGCUGCGUACAUCCAGGCGCAGUUCGAGGCGAAGAACAAGUCCACCACGAAGGAGAUCUACUGCCACAUGACGUGCGCCACCGACACCAACAACAUCCAGUUCGUGUUCGACGCCGUCACUGACGUCAUCAUCGCCAACAACCUGCGCGGCUGCGGCCUCUACUAGACCCCACAGACUACGCUAGUGGGAAUCGACCAUAGACAAGAACGACUUUUUACCCGCCCGGAUACCAGCCCUUUUGACAUCUUUUUUUUCGCCCGGAUACAAGCCCUUUUGAUUUUAUGGUCUUAUCGUUUCAAAACCCGUUCGACGGCUAUGUAAAUUCUCACUAGGCCCAGUCCACUACUGUACGAUGAUAGUGUCCGAUGUUUAUCAUUUGUGCGACGAUGUGACGUUUCGUUCGAUUCAGUUGCAGUUUGGACACGAUUCAGAGUACGUAGUGUCGCUCCGAUGUAAGACGGGAGGGAGCAUUUAUUUGUAUCGCCGUAAGUGUGCGGCGUGUGUAUCUGUAAGUCUGUACACGAGGCCGCCGACGGCAGUAUGUGUAAGCUUGACGCCGACGCACGUCGCUUGGGCACGUGGCCCCGCGCUACAGUGUGCGACUAGAUCCGAAUCGGUCCCACUCUUUGUAAUAUAUACCGUUUAGUUGGUUUCGCCCCCGGUUCGUUUCGCGAUUGGCGGUUCGUUAGACAUCUAGUGUUCGAUUGUAAAGUUUGGUGCUAGAUACGUGCGUUCGCGGUCUAGUGGGCGCGGGGUCGGGCCGCUUAUAUACUCACUCUCUUACGGACCAAUGCCAGAUGGAACCAACGCUUAGCGCCGAGUAGUGUGCGCGACAGGCCUACUUACUGUUACGAAUAUCAUUCCAUUUAGAGUUGACUCGGUCACGAUGAGAUGAUUUAUUUUUUAUAAACUUUUCGAUGCACAACUGUAGCCGAGGUCGUCGUGAGAUCGUUUCGUUUUUGCAUUUUGUAGCGUUGUCGCGACGCCUAUCUUAGUGUUUAUUUAAGUUAAGUCACGUUAGCACAAAAUGUUUAUUCCUACGAGAGCAUUAAUCGUUUAUUCAAUAUACAAUGUUUUAAUAAUUAUUUUUUUGUGUUCAUAUUUUUUCUAUAUCACUUUACAAUAACCAUAAGGUGUAGCCGUUUAAGAUCUACUCUUUGUAAUCAAUUAUAAAAUCGUUUUAGGUAUUUAUUUCGUGUAGCGUAUUUAUAAAGUUUCGGACGUGUAUGAUGUAACAGACGUAUUUAAUUUUAUGGAUAAGCGUAAUCAACAUUCACGGUCUCGUUAGUCGGAGAUUAUCAUAUGAACACAGAACAAACGCGUGGAACGGCAGUUGUACACUGCGACACCGAUCGGUUCUGUUCGCGCGAUGUAAGAUAUGUGAGUAUAUAAACUUGUAUACACUCGCGAAUUGGCGUUAGCUCCAUUAUACAUAUAUAUACUAUAUAACAUAAUUUAUUAUUAAUAAUAAAAUAAAAAAAAUCUUACUUUUAAGCAUUAGAACAGUAACUGUAUCGAUAAACGUUAAUUAAUAAUGCGAUUAGAAGGUAACCUUUACUAUCGUCAUAGUUAGGUCAUUUUCAUUUUAUGUUUAUUGAGUAUGUAAAAAGUGAUUACUUAAAUGAAAAUGUAACGCCUACGUGUGACCGCGCGGCCACUCCGAGCCGAGACCUCGGAACCAAAGAUUUAAUCGUUAAAUACUUUAAGAACCUAUCGAUGUAUCUUAUAAUUACUAUCACUCGAGAACGAUGUAACUACUAUUUUUCGUAGACUCCACUUACUGAUAAUUAAUUUGUUAAUGAAAAUUCGGGAGUGGCCCGCGACCCGAGCGUUCGUCGCUCGCUUGUUGCUAGGUAGGUUUUUUACUGUUAUGUAACAAUAUGUGUAUGUAAAACAAAACUAAUAAUUAUAUUUAGCGCAGUUAUACAUUUGAUCCGAGAUGUACGUUAUAAGCUUCAUUACAUUUUAGACGGUCGACGGCGGAUCGCCCGGCCCGUCUGAAUAUCUUCAUGUCUUUUAAUGUGUUCCUCCGCUUAUCAUGUAUGCUUUAAAUUUCGAGUGAAUGUGAUGUAAAUUUUGUACACUGCCGCCGAUGUCGGUUCGCUCGGACAGAUUUUAGUUCGUAAGAGUUUGGACACGCACACCGCUUUCGGUAUCCCCACUGUACCUCAGCGGGCCAAACGCAACAACACACGAUGACCCGACACAACACUCCCAUAUCAAAGUCCACUAAGCUCAAAUUUACCAGAUACGUGCUAAAUCUUCUUAUUCGAAGACUGAAAUGUUGCCGCUCAAGAGUUCUAACGCUUUACUUAGGUUCGACGUACGGACGGACGGACGGGUGUGUGCAUAGGUUUGAUCGGUGUAGAUGUAUUUAAUAUUACAGCAUCUAAACCAUGAACUCGCGACAUUCAGUAAAUUAAGUCUCGACGAUCAUCACAUUGCUUGUUCAUAUUUGCCAAAGUUUAAGCUCACGUCAUUACCUGUAAUUCCUUAAUGUUUUAAUUACGUGUGACAAUCGACGAGGCGGAGGCGGGGCGCUCGAUGUCGAAUAUUAUAAUCUUAUCGGUACUGAUCAGAGUACAAUGUGAAAUCUUUAGAAUUGAUGAACAUUUACUUCUAGCGCAUAUGAGAGCCGCUAGGUGUUCCACGACUCGAGUGCGGUGCGUUAGCGCAUUGGCUACUGGCUACAUAUUCUCUGUACGUGCACUACGCGUGUUCGUACUCGAGAAACAUUCAACCAGCUAAAAUUAAAUAAAGCGCCUGGCGGUUCAGUAAAUUGAACAAAUGUUUAAGGAAAUAAAGUUUUUAGUCACUAGUGGGUAAUUUUUGAAUGUGAUUCAAUCUUAUCUUUAUUUUUCUAUAUGGAGUGACUUUGUUAAUUUCUUUAUGUUUCAAAUUAUUUUUUGUAAUGCAUUUAAUGAAAGCGAUGUAUUUAACCAACGAUGUAAUUAAACAAUAUUUUCUCUUUUGUAUCUCAUCUGCACUGGUAUUUUUUAUUGAAUUUACUAUAAAUGUACUUUUAAGUGUAUAAUUUUAAAUAAUUACUGAAAAUGAUUAUAUUCUAAUUUUUAUGUUCAAAUAA